GGAUGAUCUUUAAUGAGGCCGACCAGGAGCUGAGGGACACCGGCUACCAUCGACACGCCUUCAACGUCCUCAUCUCCACCAGACUGGGACAUCACCGAGACCUGCCCGACACCAGAGACUCCCAGUGUCGGGAGAAGGCGUAUCCUCUGGCUCUACCUUCUGCCAGCGUCGUCAUCUGUUUCUUUAAUGAGGCGUUGUCCGCCCUGCUGAGGACCGUCCACAGCGUGCUGGACAGGACGCCGGCCUACCUGCUGCACGAGAUCAUCCUGGUGGACGACCACAGCGAGCUGG